AUGCGAAGGUUGGAAGAAUUGGAGCUCUCCAAACCACCAACGAAGGUUUUGGAGGUCAUCUGCAAGCUGGGGAAAGGAUCAUACGGCAGUGUUUUCAAGGCUAGACACAAGGCCUCCGGAACCGUCGUUGCGGUGAAAAAAGUUCCGGUCGAUAGUGAUCUAUCGGAGAUCGUGAAGGAGAUUUCAAUCAUGCAGCAAUGCGAUAGUCCGUAUAUUGUCAAGUGCUUUGGUAGUCUAUUUGACAACCAGGACCUGUGGAUCUGUAUGGAGUACUGUGGAGCCGGUUCAGUUGCCGACAUAAUGCGACUUCGAAACCAAACACUCACAGAAUCUCAAAUCGGAACAAUUUUGAAGUACAGCCUUCUUGGGCUUGACUACCUUCAUCAGGCAUUUAUUUUUACGUUUGUUACUGGUGUUUUUUUGUAUAUGCGGAAAAUCCACCGGGACAUAAAGGCCGGGAACAUACUGCUGACUAAUUCGGGCAUGGCGAAGUUGGCGGAUUUCGGCGUUGCUGGCCAGCUGGCGGACACGCUGGCCAAGCGAAACACAGUAAUCGGUACACCCUAUUGGAUGGCUCCUGAGGUUAUCCAGGAAGUUGGUUACAACUGCUCGGCCGACAUUUGGUCGUUGGGAAUAACAGCGAUUGAGAUGGGUGACGGGAAACCUCCGUUGGGCGAUGAGCACCCAAUGCGAGCGCUGUUCAUGAUACCCAGUCAGCCGUCGCCACGCCUACGAAACGAGGCUUCGUGGUCGAGCGACUUUGUCGCCUUCGUGAACUCCUGCCUGGCUCGGGCUCCCGAGGCGCGACCCACGGCUGCCGCUCUUUUGGCCACAGACUUCAUCCAGUCAUCGAACCCCUGCUCCAUCCUUCUUCCACUCAUUGAGGAAUCAAAUGGGCUGCGUGAAAAACGUCUUAAUGAAUCCAAGACCGCUGCAGCAGCUGCGACUUCCUCCACUAGAGGUGCCUCCAAGUCGAAGCAACCAGAAGUCAUUGAUGUUGUCGAGGAGGAUGCUGGCAGUUCCGAAACUAUGAUACAGCGAUCUGGGUCUUCGAGCAUGCUCGUCAAGACCUCUGGAGGUGAUAGCGCGAACGUGAUUGGGACACUCGUGUCUCACGGUGGCGGUGACGUCGGAACGUCAAGUCAGGAGAGCGCGGGCACGAUGGUAAUCAAUGACGACGGCGACACGGAGUGCUCCGUGGUCAUUCAUGAGGAUGCAGUAGUCGAAAAAGAUCACGCCACCAGCGAAAAUGCCGACACCCUGACCCGGAAAUUUGCGCGGCAGGUGGCUGUUGGUGAAAGCGCUGAUCGGCCUGUCAAUAAUAAUGAUGUAGCAGCAGCAGUGGCAGCAGCUCAGCGUGAUUGUGGUGCUAUUCCACACUCGUCAUCUUCUCACUGUGUUCUCCCCACUCCCCUUGGACAACGCCCAUUUGCUCCGUUCUCUCGCGCUUUCCAGGAAAGUGGCGCUCUUUUCCAUCAACCCGCUCCAGAGGGCUCGGCAGCAGCAGCAGCAGCACAAGGUCAGGGCUCGCCGAGUGCCCUCGCGCUCUCCAACGAACCCGGCGGCCUCUCCAAGCUCUCGUACUCAGAGCUUGAACAACUCCUUGUCAACCUGGGUCGUGACCUCGAGACAGAGUUGCGCAACCUCGCCAUCCGAUAUCGCCACAAAAGACAGCCUCUUUUGGACGCCAUCGCCGAGAAGACGGCUACUCUUGCACCCUGA